AUGUUAUAUGUGUAUGUGUUGCAGGAAAAUCUUCUGAAGUGGCUAAGUGAUGAUAAGGCCAGAGAUCAGUUUGUGAUCCGUGCUGGUACUUUCACGGAAGUGUACUGGAAUGACGCUAGACGGGCAACGCCUGAGCUUGUGUACCAAAAGCAGUACUGGACGGAUAGCUAUAUUCAAUGGUCCCCUCUUGGAACACACUUGGCGACCGUGCAUAGGCAGGGCGCGCAGGUGUGGGGUGGUGAUGAUAAGUUUGUUCGUCUAAUGCGCUCACAGUUGAAACUCAUCGAUUUCUCUCCCGGUGAGAAAUAUUUGAUUUCUUACAGCAGCCAUGAGCCCAGCAACCCCAUAGACACACAUAGGGUUGUACUAAAUAUCUUUGAUGUACGGACUGGAAAAGUAAGGCGGGAGUUCAAGGGAAGUGCUGAUGAUUUCACUACUGGUGGAAAUAUGGGUGUGUCUGGUAUUUCAUGGCCUAUCUUCAGGUGGGGUGGUGGAAGAGAUGAUAAGUAUUUUGCUAGGCUAGGAAAGAAUGUUAUAUCUGUCUAUGAUACUGAGACAUUCGCUCUUAUUGAUAAGAAGUCCUUGAAGGUAGAAAAUGUGGUUGACUUCAGUUGGUCUCCCACUGAUCCUAUCAUAUCACUCUUUGUGCCUGAAUUGGGUGGUGGAAAUCAGCCUGCCAGGGUGAGUCUUGUGCAAAUUCCGGGCAAAGAGGAGAUUCGGCAGAAAAACCUUUUCAGUGUGAGCGACUGCAAAAUGUACUGGCAAAACAAUGGAGAAUAUCUGGCUGUCCAGGUAGACAGGUACACAAAAACAAAGAAGAGCAUUUACACUGGGUUUGAGCUGUUCAGAAUCAAGGAACGAGACAUCCCAAUUGAGGUCUUUGAAUUGGACAACAAGAAUGACAAGAUAAUUGCCUUUGCAUGGGAGCCUAAAGGUCACCGCUUUGCUGUUAUUCAUGGUGAUGGGCCUAAGCCCGAUAUAAGUUUCUACACCAUGAAAGCAGUCAACAAUAAUGUUAGUCGUGUGUCCAAGCUCACCACACUCAAGGGCAAGCAAGCCAAUGCAUUGUUCUGGUCUCCUGCUGGGCGUUUCAUUGUUCUGGCAGGGCUGAGGGGUUUCAAUGGCCAGCUGGAGUUCUUCAACGUUGAUGAUCUUGAGACCCUGGCGACAGGAGAACAUUUUAUGGCGACUGACAUCAUGUGGGAUCCUACUGGAAGAUAUCUCGCAACUGCAGUUACCUCGGUUCAUGAGAUGGAAAAUGGUUUCCAAAUCUGGUCCUUCAAUGGCAAGCAUAUUUACAAGGUUUUAAAGGAUCACUUCUAUCAGUUCCAAUGGCGCCCAAGGCCUCCGUCGCUGCUUACUCCCGAGAAGGAGGAGGACAUCUCAAAGAACAUCUCAAAGAACCUCAAGCGGUACAGCAAGAAGUACGAACAAGAGGAUCAGGACGUGCACCACCUUUUGGACGAGGAGGAGCGCAAGAGACGGAUGCGGCUUCAAGAGGUGUGGGAAGCAUGGGUCGCCAAGUGGAAGCAACUGCACGAGGAUGAGCGAGCAUUCAGGAUGCAGCUUAGGGGCGGGGAGGACAGCGACAAGGAAGAAGAGGCGGAAUACAAGGAGAUUGAGGCGGAGGAGCUGGUUGAUGUCACAGAAGAAACCGUUGCCUUUGACCUGGACCAGGAGUGA